AUGCUCACUGCCGCUCGACGAUCUACACGGCUCACCAGCCGACUCGGCCACCAGGUCCGAGCAUACUCCAUCGCUGACGAUGCCGACAAGAAAUGCACAAUCACGCUCAAGGAGGAUUCUUACACCACCUACAUGCUUGAUUCUCCCCCUCCUCUCGAGUUCGAGAUGACCAAGGGUGAGCUUCUGCAAAUGUACAAGGACAUGGUGACCGUCCGACGACUCGAGAUGGCUGCUGAUGCCCUCUACAAGGCCAAGAAGAUCCGAGGUUUCUGCCAUCUGUCUACUGGUCAGGAGGCUGUUGCCGUCGGUAUCGAGAAGGCCAUCGACCACGACGAUUCUGUCAUCACCGCCUACCGAUGCCACGGUUUCGCCUACAUGCGAGGUGCCUCUGUCCGAGCAAUCAUCGCCGAGCUGCUCGGAAAGCGAACCGGUGUCUCCUACGGUAAGGGUGGAUCCAUGCACAUGUUCACCGAGGGUUUCUACGGAGGAAACGGUAUUGUCGGAGCCCAGGUCCCCGUCGGAGCUGGUCUCGCCUUCGCCCACAAGUACCUCGAGCAGACCGGAAAGGCCACCUUUGCCCUGUACGGUGACGGUGCUUCCAACCAGGGUCAGAUCUUCGAGGCCUACAACAUGGCCAAGCUCUGGGACCUCCCCUGCAUCUUUGCAUGCGAGAACAACAAGUACGGAAUGGGUACCGCUGCUGCUCGAUCCUCUGCCCUGACGCAGUACUACAAGCGAGGUCAGUACAUUCCCGGUCUCAAGGUUAACGGAAUGGACAUUCUGUCCGUCUACCAGGGAGCCAAGUUCGCCAAGGAGUGGACCACACACGGCAAGGGUCCCCUCGUCAUGGAGUUCGAGACCUACCGAUACGGUGGUCACUCCAUGUCCGAUCCCGGAACCACCUACCGAACCCGAGAGGAGAUCCAGUACAUGCGAUCCCACAACGAUCCUAUUUCUGGUCUCAAGGCCCACAUCCUGGAGCUUAAUUUCGCCACUGAGGACGAGCUUAAGUCUGUGGACAAGGCUGCUCGAGCUAUGGUUGACAAGGAGGUUGCCCUUGCUGAGUCCGACCCUGCUCCUGAGGCUACUGCCAAGGUUCUGUUUGAGGAUAUCUACGUUCCCGGCACCGAGCCUCCUGUGAUCCGAGGCCGAAUCCCUUCCGAGGACUACUACUUUAAGAACUAA